AUGAGUAUCAAAGUUCAUCUGAAAAUGAAUUGUCCUUAUACGAAUGAACUUAUUCGUAAUGUUCUUGAAGAAAGAAAUGAUUUAUUUACUCUAACAGAUUCAUCGACCUUGAAUGAUGAUAAUACGCUCUACUGGCUCGAAUAUGAAGAACUCGAUUUUGAUAUGCUCUAUCGUCUAAUUAAAGAAUCGAAUAAGAAAAAAAUUUUAGCCAAUUCAUAUUGCAUACGAAAAGGUCUUUUACGUAAAGCUCAUUUUGCAAUGUUCGUUCAAAAAUAUUUAGCUAAACAACCCAACUCAGUUCUACGUGAUCACUAUCCUGAAACUCAUAUACUGGAUCUAAUACACCCGGAUUAUCUAGAGGAAGCACUCAAUGAAGCGUUCGAAUUGCGAGAUACUUUGGAAGCAAAUACAAAAGAAAACACUGAGCCGAUUCCUUUUAUCCUUAAGGCAUCAAUAUUAGAUAAGGCAAGUGAACUAUGUAUUUUCUAUACUCAAGCAGAAUUAGAAGAAUUUUUUACAAGCAAAUACGAUGACGACGAUGAGAGUAUUGCCAAUGUACGCGAAUGGAUCGUUCAACGUUAUAUAAAAAAUCCUAAACUUCUUCCAAUAUAUCAAAAUCGAAAAUUUCAUUUACGUGUUUAUGUUGUUGCCGAAAGAAAUCUUCGUAUUUAUGUCUAUGAUGGUAUAUUAGCUCUAUUUGCAUCAUUUCCCUAUGAUGCUGCUGAUAAUGAUCAAACAUUCGAUCGUCUUCGUCAUAUAACAAAUACAUGCGUACAAAUUGAAUCAAAAAUAGAUGAAGAGGAUUUAGUGAAAGAAUUUUUUUCAUUAGAAAGCAUGGACGACGAUCUACGCUCACGUAUAUUUGAACAAAUAAAAUCAAUUGUCAAAGAUAUUUUUACUGGUCUUCAUAAUGAAAUAACUGUAUUUCAACCGAUAAGAAAUGCUUUUGAAAUCUAUGGAUUCGAUUUUCUUAUUGAUGAAAAUAAUCAAGUUUAUUUUCUUGAAGCAAACGCGUUUCCAGAUUUUAAACAAACAGGAAAUUCGUUGAGCAUAUUAAUUAAAGAAUUAUUUCAAAAUCUAGUUCAACAUAUUGUUUUACCAUAUUUUGGUUAUGAAGAAUCAAGCGAAAUCACUCAACGUAAAUUACAUCUUGUCUAUGAAAAACAAAAGACGUUUUAA